CUACUCUGAGAUAGAGAGCCAAAUAAACUGAAUGCCUUGAUCCAACCGAUCGAGGAUCGAAUCGAGUGAAAGGAGGAGACAGGAUCACAGGAGAUGUCCGUGGAUCUGUCGAGAGCUGUGGGCUGGUGGGAGGAGUGGCAGCUGCGGAUCCUCGUGCUGGGCAGCCUCUUCCUGCAGCUCGUCCUCUUCGCCGGCUCCAUGGUGCGCCUUCGCAUCCCGAUGUCCAGGUUGUGCCUUUGGCUCGCCUACCUCGGCGCUGAUGCCCUGGCCAUCUAUGCGCUCGCCACCCUAUUCAACCGCCACAAGCAGCCGCCUGGCGCUGGGAUGAGCAGCAGCCUCCUGGAGGUUGUGUGGGCGCCUGUCCUCCUCAUCCACCUCGGCGGCCAGCACUCCAUGACGGCGUUCAGCAUUGAGGACAACGAGCUGUGGAGGCGGCACAUCGUGACCGUGGCGUCUCAGGUCACGGUUGCCCUGUACGUCUUCUGCAAGUCGUGGCCUAGCGGUGGCGACAAGAGGUUGCUGCAGGCAGCGAUCUUGCUCUUCGUCGUGGGAAUUGCCAAGCUCAUCCAGAAGCCAUUGACUCUCAAGAGCGCAAGCCUUGGCGAUGUUAUGACCUCUCCGAUGAUUGUCUAUCCAGAAAGACGAGAAACAAAUGCAAGAUUACUGCGGCUCCUCUGCCUUCCUUUUCAGACAGUGGGUCAAACCGAAGAUGCAGCAACAAUGAAACUAGAGGAAGAACAUGAUUUAUCACUUGAAGAAUAUGUACAGGAAGCAAGGGAGCUCGUGCGGGAGACGCGGCUCCAUAUUCUCGUCGGCUAA